CAUCUCUGCAGAGAGCCCUGGAGCACCCAGCAACAUGGCCAUGGAGCCCCUGUCCUUCCAGGAAUACAUCUGCUCCCUGGACCCCGCCACCCUGCCCCGCAUCCUCAGGGUUUGCUCCGGUGUCUACUUCCAAGGGUCCGUGUAUGAGAUCUCAGGCAACGAAUGCUGCUUGUCCACCGGGGACCUGCUCAAAGUCACAGCCGUGGAGCUGCACAAGGUCAUCUGCGAGGACACGGACACGGGGCAGACGAUGGAGCUGCCCCCGACGUUCAAGGGCAUCUUCCAGCCGGUACCACGGGGACCCCUCCCGGGGGGCGGCAGGGACCAGGGGCUGACGCUGCAGCAGGCACUGGGCACUGGGAGGACACAGCCGGUGCUGUGCAGAGCACUGGGACCCCACAUGCUGCUCCUGCGCCUGGUCUAUGAGGUGCAUGCUGCUAUGGACUUGCGCAGGGAUGUGGUGCAGAUCCCGUCCACACUGGAGGUGGAUGUGGAGGACAUCACAGAGGAGGAGCAGCACAUUCAGUUCUCCCAACCGCUGCUGCUGAGCGAGGUGCUGACCAUGGAGCACAUGCUGCCGGCGCAGGCCGAGGUCCUGGAGGGCCCAUCCGGCCCUGCCAUGUUCCACAGCUCAUGGGUGCCAUGGCUGCGCCAGGGGCAGCGGCUGCAGCUCCAUGGCCGCUCUGACACAUGGCGAGUCCUGGCCUCGGCCCCGGGCAGCAGCCGCCAUUUCCUGCUCACCAGCACCUACCGGGGCCGGUUCCGGAUGCGGCCGCGCCAGUUCCUGGGGGUGCAGGAGCUGGUGGCUGCCCUGAGCCCAGGCCGGGCCCUGUGUGUGCUGGUGACACAGGACUGUGAGGGACGAGGCCUCCAUGUGCCCCCGCUCGGUGUCGGUGACCGCCUGGAGGCCUUGGGGCUGCAGGGGCAGGGGCCUGGCACCCGCCUGCGCUGCCACCGCCAUGGUGAGGAGGAGGAGGGUGAGGAGCUGCUGCUGCCGCUGGAUGGGGGCAGCUUCAUGGAGGUGCUCAGCAGCAGCAGGUACAGGCUGGGGGAGCUGCUGGAGCUGCAGGCACUGCCCUGCCAUGUGCAUGUGGUGGCUCCGGACCCGGCGCUGGCACAGGACCCGCUGGGCACCCUGCCCACCCUGCGGCUCCAGGCACUCCUGCCCCUGCCCUGCCUGCUGAGCAGCUUCUGCCAGGAGCCCGAGCAGGGCUUCGAGCUGCCACUGCCAUGGAUGGACUGCUCUGUGCUGCUGCACCCCGGGCCUGUGAGCCCCACACCCCCCUGUGCCCCACUGCAGGAGAUCACUGAGGACUUCUACUACCGCCUGCUGGCACAGCUGCCCCCCAGUGCGGCCCCACCGCCCCCCCGGCCCCCCAAGCCAGCGCAGGCAGGGACGGGCCCAAGGGGGAAGCCUCCAUUGGCACCCAGGUCCCCCCACCCUGCACUGAUGGGCACCUGCCCAGCUCCUCCAGUGCUGCCUCAGGGGAGCACCUCCAGCCUGUGUGGACAGCAGGGAUGCCCUAGGGAUGCAGACCCGGAGACUGACAGCUCUGACCAUGAGUAUGAAACCAUUGACGACACCAUCCAAAAGACAGUGCAUAAAAUGCAGGCAAUUUUCCCCUUCUAGUCCUCCCCUCUGUGAAAGCCACUGAGCCAUCAGAGCAGAAUGGUGCUGGGUGGCCACUGAGAUGCCAGCACAGGCCCUGGGCCAUGGACCUUGCUCUGCUCUGCUGA